AUGGCGCCCACUCUAACCGCACGUGGACUGCGCGCCCUCCCCAGGAGGCUUCGAAAAGCUAUACAAAAGAACAGGUAUCCUGCCCUACCGAGCGUGAUUAACGCAGGCUUGAAGACCGAUGCAAGAGCCCUUCUUUACGCGUCCCAGUAUGCCGAUAAAGGAUCUUUGAUUUCUAGUCAUUCGCUUCCCGCGCCGUUUCAUGCGGGCAUCUUGAAUAGCAGCUCACCGAGAAUUCAGAUGAGUGAGCGCUCACGGUGUGGCGGCGUCCUUCCAUCGUUAGGAUUGCGCUCUUUGACGCCAAUUACCCGAACCACCACCGCCUUCACGCGAGGGGCGUCCACGUUGAGGUUCGCGAUGACUGCUGGUGCGCCUUUUUGCCUGAACGCGACGCUACACGCCUCACUCCGCAGCUUUCACCAUCCCACCAGCGCCGCGGUAGGGCGGCCGAAUGGCACCCUCCAAGCCCCCAAGACGGGGAAGGAUCAACUUCAAAGUGUGAGCAGCAUCGAGCAGUACAAAGCGGAGGAGGAAGAGAAGAAGCAAGAAGAGGAAGAUCCCUUCUCUCGGUCCUCGGGCCCUGGUUAUCUGCCAUUUCCACCUCCCUUCCAUACUAUCAACAUCAUCAUGAUUCUCUUUAUUGCCAACGUUGUGUGCUACUUCGCUAUGAUGCUCGGAAACGAUAACGUGCGGGAUUUCCUGGUGGAGCAUUUGACGCUUUCGCACGAGAACUUUGGCCGCGUGUACCCUAUCUUCACGAAUGCUUUUUACCAAGAAAACCUGCUGCAGCUGCUCAUUGAUUGCUGGUUGCUGUGGCAGUUCGGCGAUACAAUGCUUGGAUUCCUCGGGAAUACGCGCAUGGCGUUCUUCGCGAUGCUUUGUACGCUCGGUGGUAGUCUGCUCCAUGUCGCGCGGCAAAAGUUCGAACUAGCGUACGGCAUGGAUGAUUUGGAGGUUCGCGGUCGGUGCUACGGGCCGAACACGAUUAUUAUGGGGCUCGUCGCGAUGGAGGGGUUAAUUUUCCGCCACUUAAACUUCAUCCAGCAGCCGCCGAUUCCGUUCCUAGUGCUCACGGCGUUCGUGAUGGUGAUUGACGUGUGGCGAAUCUUUACAACACGACCAGAGGAGCACGGUGCGUCAACAGGCGGCGCGCUCAUGGCGUACCUAUUCUGGGCUUUGCCAACGCGCAUGCUAGGCUUGGAUAAGCUAACGGCGAUGAUCUAA